CAUCACUAAAAAAAGAGAAUAGGAAACAAAGAUCGAGCAAAAAUAAAAAGGUCCAAUAAAUAGGAAAAUAAACGGUGUUUAAAGUUGUUUUAGUUGAAAAAGGAACCAGCCAUGGCUUUCCUGUGUCCUGUGCGUAUGCGGCGCGAUAAAAAGAAAGCCACAAAUGCCAGCAUAGAACGAGAUCUUCCCGCUGUGGGUGGCUUGGGAAUGGGACGCAUAACUGGCUCAUCUAGCAUUGAAACCUUGGUAAGAGUAGGAAUCGAAAAGGAACAUGGCUUAAGUCCCGAUUCUAAGAUGGUAGUGCUGCACGACUUCACACCCUGUGUGGAUGAUGAGCUGGAAGUUAAAAGGGGACAGCUUGUUAAUAUUCUGUACAGGGAGAACGACUGGGUCUAUGUGAUUGGGCAAGACUCUCGCCAGGAAGGUUUCAUACCCUUCUCAUAUUGCGCUCCGUGCAACACGCAAUUGGCGGAUCUGGCCGUAAAGAAGAAACUUCCUAGAGAUCAGUGUCCGGAUCAGCCGCAAGACGAAAAUCUGCCACUUCUGGGUACAGACAACAAACUGGAUGUGCUCUGCGAUGAAACCUUGAAUGCGGGAUCAGCAAAAAGCAUGGAGAAUAUUCUUCUCGUAGAGCCAGAGUGUACGCCAUUUAUAAAGGAACCUUCCGGCCGUUGCAUCGUUCUGUACACCUUUAUUGCACGCGACGAGAACGACCUAUCCGUGGAACGUGGCGAGUUCGUCACCGUGCUGAAUCGCGAGGAUCCAGACUGGUUUUGGAUAAUGCGAAGUGAUGGCCAGGAGGGAUUUGUCCCGGCCAGCUUCAUUUAUCCAGCCGACAGUGUGCGAGUCCUCCAGCAACAAAAAGCAACUCUAACAGCUGUCGAGAAUAUCCUGCAGCAGGGUCAACAAGGUCAGCAGAGCCAGCAGCAACAGCCACUUGGUUUGGGAACAGAUGACCUGCGCUACCACGGAACGGAGCUCGUGAUGCUCUAUGAUUACAAAGCCCAAGCUCCAGAUGAUCUUUACCUUUCUGUGCGCCGUGGGGAUUGGAUAUACGCCGAUCUCAACAAUCAAACCGUAGAUGGAUGGCUUUGGGCGUAUGCCCCGAAGACCAGGAAGUAUGGAUUUAUUCCAAAGGCUUAUGCUCGACCGCCAGCCAUGACAAGCCUUUGAUUCACUCUAAUUAUCUCAGAAUGGCGAGUGAGACUGACCAGCCUCUAAGAUAUGCAAUAAUUCACUUCCAUUAUUUUGUAUUUACUCUUAGUUUUAUAAGCAUGAUCCUUCCGUUGCCUUACAAAGAAUGUUUCAUAUGUAGAACCUACAAGCCUUUAGUAAAAUAGUGCCACUUUCAUUGAGUAAUAAAUUGUGCCUUAGGUUUA